AUUUGUACUCUCGUUCCAAGUUUGGUGCGGUGUUUUGUAUGGUUUGAUUUUAAGAAUGAAUCCGGCUGAUUUACUCUCUGCUGCAAAGUCUGGAACAACCAGCAGCAUAUUAGAAUUCUUAAGGAAACCAGUUGUUAUACUAAGACUUGUUGCUGUACUAAGCUCAAUAAUAGUUUUCGGGUCAAUUUCGUCUGGAUGUCAUACUCAUCAAGAUGUUUGUAUUUUUGGGGCUACAUCAAGUGCUUGUAGUUUCCCUGUUGCUGUUGGUGUUUUCGCUUUCCUUGGAUCAAUUGUUUUUCUUGCAAGUGAUUUCAUGUUCAAUUCAAUUUCAAAUCUUAAAAGACGAAAAAUUGUGAUAAUUGGUGAUCUGGCCUUCUCAGGUUUAUGGACAUUCCUAUGGUUUGUUAGUUUUUGUCUACUUGCAAAUAAAUGGACAAAUACAUCUGAUGAAUGGUUGAGUCAACAUAAAGUUGAAGGAUGGCAAGAGAGUAAUGCUCGUUCAGCUAUCGGUUUUGCUUUUCUGUCAAUUGCAAUUUGGGGUGGGAUUACAUUCUUUGCAUUGCAACGAUUUCGACUCGGGCAAGUUAAUCUGAACGCUGAAGAUGAAUUAGGCGGACCUGGUUCAACUAUGGAUCCGAAUGCUGGUGUUCCAGGUCAAACAUAUCCUGGUAUGAAUGAUCCAAUGAGUCAGCAGCACCAGCAACAACAGCAACCGUAUGGUGGAAAUAUUCAACAACCACCUAUGGGUGCCGGAGCUGGUCAAUAUUACGGACCGACGUAUUAGGACAAAGAAAUCUGCAAUACUGUGUAGACACAAAACAAAAUAUGUGAUGAAAAGAAAUAAAAGUGUGGUACUAUGCAUCUAUCUAUCUAUCUAUCCUCUGAUGUCAUCUUAUUGUAGUUUGAAAACCGGAAUGCCGCAUUUUCAUUGUAUCCCUUCUGUUUUUGUUGUUGUUGUUGUUGUCAACGUCGUCGUUUUCGGUGUCGUCCCACAUCAUUCCAUUUAUUAUUAUUGUUAUUAUUAUGGUUAUUUUAUUAAUACUAUUACCUUGAUCACUAUUAUUAUUAUUUUAUAUUAUUAGUUUCUAUCCUUCUAACUUUUUGUCUUAUCAUGAUAUUUUAAUUAUGAGAUCUGCGCAUAUACAUAUAGCGAUACAUAUACAUACAUCAGUUUCUAGGAUCGAGACGACUAGGUUAUGAGCUUAUAUUGUGUAUGAUCCUAUGAUCCAAAUUAGUUGUUAAUCUUUCUUUGUUUUUGUUUUUGUGAAAGCUGUGAUUUUAAGCAUAUAAUAAUUUUCUUCUCUGAAACAUUCCUUCCAUUCCCAUUUGAC